GCCUGCCGUGCAUAUCACAUGCAGAGUGAGCAGCAAAGUCUCUGCAUCCAGCAUUUUCACCUGUUAAGUACAUGGAUAGCGGGGGAGCCAACUCUUGCAUUAUAUUGCGCUCAAAAUGCAUUUGAACAUCUCGCGAUAACAUAUUAGCCCAUUUCCUUCUCAUCAAUUUCACGGUGAACCACAUCAUUCGUACAACGGAUUCCAUUCGCCUCGCUGGCUGCAACAACUAUUACCACACAACUCCGACAACAUCGCAAAUUGAUAUUUUCGCAUUCCAGAUCGAAUUGAUAGAAACAGACGGAGGGACACAUGGACACAUUUUGCAUUUCAGUGAAAACGACCUCCGUUUUUCUCCGGCAUCCUCACCCUUGUCUCAAAAGCGGAUUGCACGCUUAUUUCUGUUCAUCGUCGCCUUCCUUCAACUUGUCCGUCUUUCUUUGUGGCCUUGAUCCUUUCAGUAUUGGCUUUGUUCGUUGAAAUCAGCUGCACGUCUCCGCCACUGAGAAGUAAGUAAAUUGAAAAGAAUUCAAAUUUUCCCGAGAACAAUCGCCGUGAAUACGUUUCAAGACAGAGGAGAUGACCGUAUUCUCACAGGAUUCCGGCUGGUCUGCGGUCCCUAAACAAGACCCGGGAGCCAACGGGGAUGCAGUCAAGACCAAAGGGGAAGACUCGGAGCAGCUGAAAAGCAGAGGCACUUGGACUGGGAAACUGGAUUUUGUGCUCGCUCUUAUUGGUUUCUCUGUCGGAUUAGGAAACGUCUGGAGAUUUCCAUAUCUCUGCUAUAAAAAUGGAGGAGGUGCUUUCCUGAUCCCGUAUUUUAUUUGUCUGUUUAUUGGAGGGAUACCUCUCCUGAUCCUUGAGAUUGGUCUUGGUCAGUACACCAACCAAGGCGGUAUAACAGCAUGGAAUAUCAGUCCUAUAUUCAAAGGCAUUGGUCUGGCCAGUGUGGUCAUCCUUCUGUUCCUGAACACCUACUACAUCAUCAUCAUGGCCUGGUCGUUCUACUACAUGUUCAUGUCCUUCACUUCCGUACUACCCUGGUCCCACUGCGACAACGUAUGGAACACGCCCUGCUGCUUCGUUCCCGAAGCCGUCAACCAGACCAGUGACGUGACGACCCAACUCAUGACCACUGCCGACGGUGGGAUGUUGCAGAAUGUGACAGAGUGCGCCAAUGAAACGCUCAGGACAACUGCCACUGUGGAGUUCUGGGAACGCAAGGUGCUUCAGAUCCACUUAUCCGAUGGUGUCCAUGAUCUAGGUGGGAUGAACUGGCAGCUCAUGCUUUGUUUGAUUCUCUCCUGGCUCCUCAUCUACCUGUGCAUCUGUAAAGGAGUCAAGAGUUCGGGAAAGGUCGUGUACUUCACUGCCACCUUCCCUUACGUUCUGCUCACCAUUCUGAUGAUUCGGGCGGUGACGUUACCGGAUGCCAUCAAUGGUAUUUACUUCUACUUGAACCCAAACAUUUCAAGGCUUGCCGACAGUCAGGUUUGGAUGGAUGCUGCAACCCAGAUUUUCUUCUCCUACUCAAUUGGUCUCGGCACAAUGGCUGCUCUUGGCAGUUAUAAUAAAUUUAAUGUCAAUUUCGUCAGGGAUGCAGUCAUUUUCGCCUGUACAAACAGUGGCACAAGUCUGUACUCUGGUUUUGUGAUUUUCUCCGUUUUGGGCUUCAUGGCUGGCAGGCAGGGGGUUGAAGUUGCAGACGUAGCAACGUCAGGUCCAGGGUUGGUGUUCAUCGCCUAUCCAGAGGGUAUAUCCCAGAUGCCCAUCGCGCCACUUUGGGCUUUCCUCUUCUUCUUCAUGCUCAUCAUCCUGGGCAUUGAUAGUCAGUUUGUUGGUGUUGAAGGCUUUGUGACUGCGUUCAUCGAUCUCUUCCCUAACUACUUGCUGAAAGGAAGCAGGAGAGAGUACUUUGCAUUCUUCACAUGCCUCGGCUUCUGUAUAGCAGGUUUACCUAUGGUUACAUAUGGAGGAAUGUAUGUAUUCCAGCUGUUUGACAACUAUUCAGCCAGCGGCGCUGCGCUUCUCUUUGUAUCCUUCUUUGAAAGCGUUGCUAUAGGAUGGGUUUAUGGUGCUGACAGGUUCAUAGGGAACUUCAAAACAAUGCAUGACUUCAGAGCUUUAUUUUGCUGUGGGCAAUAUCUGAGGCUAACCUGGAUGAUAACCACUCCAUGCUUUGCUAUGGCUAUUUUUAUCUUCAGUCUGGUGGAAUACAAACCUCUGAAGUACAAUGAUGUUUAUGUGUACCCCUGGUGGGGAUACAUGAUUGGCUGGAUGAUGUCACUUUCAUCCAUGAUCUGCCCUCCGACUUACUUCUGCUAUCAACUCAUCUUCAACAGCAAGGGUUCUCUCAAAGAGCGCUGGACGAUGUUGACCACUCCCAGGCUGACCCACCUGAGGAGCAACGAUGAGGUCGUUGAGGAGGUGCCAGACCUGGAGAUGAUCAAGGUGGAUGCGCACGGUGAGAACGGAACCAGCUUUCCACCUUCCUAUGACGAGGUCACAGAGAACAAUGGCAAUGCCAACAUGCAAGAUGUUAACCUCAAUGUAUAAGACACCUUGUAAAAC